ACACAGACUGGCCCUUUAAACACACUCAGCUCUUCAGGCUCCUGUAGUGGAGCUUUUCCUACUAAACUUUAUGACAUCAGAGGGACUUUUGAAGACUUUUCUUUCCUUUUAAUCUUAUUUUUUUGUAGAGAACUGAUGGAUCUCUCAGACUUCUCCUUCCCUCUCUCUUCGGUCGAUGACCUUUAUGACUUCAGCACCAGUGACCUGAACUUCUUCGAUGACCUGGACGCUCGGCUGACGCAGGCCGGCCUGCUCAAGUCCGAGGACCAUCCCCACCACCACCACCACCACCACCACCACCAUGUCCACCACGUCCCCAACGCACAAGACGAGGAGGAGGACCAGCACGUGCGGGCCCCUGGGGGCCUCCACCAGGCGGGCCACUGCCUCCUGUGGGCCUGCAAGGCCUGCAAGAGGAAGACGACCCACUCGGACAGGAGGAAAGCGGCGACCAUGCGGGAGAGGCGGCGGCUCAGCAAAGUCAACGACGCCUUUGAGACCCUGAAACGCUGCACGGCGUCCAACCCCAACCAGCGGCUGCCCAAAGUGGACAUCCUGAGGAACGCCAUCAGCUACAUCGAGUCCCUGCAGGCGCUGCUGAGGACCGGCCAGGACGACAGCUUCUACCCGCCGCUCGAACACUUCAGCGGGGACUCGGACGCCUCCAGCCCCGGCUCCAACUGCUCCGACGCCAUGAUGGAUUUCAUCUCUCCAUGUUCAACCAAAAGUGAAAACAGCGACACCUCUUACUGCAGCCAAACAGCAGACGAUCACAGCAGCAGCAAAAAAUCACUCAUUUCCAGUUUGGACUGUUUGUCCAGCAUCGUAGAGCGGAUCAGCACAGACCCGGCCGUGGCCCCCCCAGGAGACAGCGUGGUCCCCCGGGGCCCCGGAUCACCUCACAACACCCCUGCUCCUGCUUCCACCUCGGCUCCUGAGCCCAGCAGCAUCUACGAGCCGCUCUGAGCCAGACGGAGCUGCGGACUCAUUUUUUCCUCCAGUUUUAAGGAGGACGGUUUCCGUUGCUGAAGUAACUUUUCUCCUGAGGUCCACUCCCUUCAGUUUUCAGCGUCAUGGAUGAACUGAAGACGUUGGAUGAAUCCCAGCAGAGUAAUAAUAGAAAGGACAUUUUCCAUUUGAAUUCCUGCUGAUAAUAACUGAGGACCAUUUCUGUAAUAAAGAGUCGUAACAGGUUCACAUUCAAAGAGGUGCUGAGAUCGUCGUGUAAUAUGUUUCUACGUUAUUUAUGAGCUCAUGAAUUUUAAUAAAGAUAUAUUUUAUUUUAUAUUAA